AUGGCCAAAGAGAGAGCCAUAAUGCUUUAUGAUACCAUUGACACUCAUCCACAUGCCUUUUUUCAGCGUUACUUUAAAUCCAACCAUCUCAAAAGAUCCCUCUUUUUCUUAUUUAUUAUCGCCUUUGCGUCAACGCUCUUGUCUGUUUACAAAUUGCAAACUGACUCGCAACACAUUUUAGUGCCUACCGGGAUAUCACGAAGCAACUUUCGAGCAGGUUUAGAAAAAUGCAUGGCGAUAAUGAAGAAAAAACCUGAGAAUACUCCGAAAACGACACGUCAUAACCCACGAGCCGUACCUGGGACUAAGAGCGUUCUGUUAAAAAACGGAAUUAUUCUUGAUGGUGUUGGUGGUGUUGUGCAUGGUGAUUUGUUAAUGAAGAACGGUAUCAUUGAGGGAUUUGGGAGGGAGAUUGAUGAAGGAGAAGCUGAUGUUGCUAUUGACGUUCGUGGAAAAUUUAUAUCACCUGGUAUUGUCGAUAUGCAUAGUCAUGCUGGAGUCUACUCAUGGCCUUAUUUGAGAGCAUCUAUGGAUCUCAAUGAAUCGACAGACCCUGUUACACCUUUUGUUAGAACAAUUGAUGCUAUUAAUCCAAGCGACCCAGCAUUUAGAAUCAUUGCUUCUGGAGGGGUUACGACAAUGUUGAUAAUACCAGGAAGUGCUGAAGUGAUGGGCGGGGAAGGAUUCGUCAUCAAGCUACGUCCAGUCAGUACUUUGUCUGUACAGGACAUGGGCAUCCAUGCCAAUGUAGAUCCAGGCUCUGAGCGAGUAUGGAGAUGGAUGAAAAUGGCAUGUGGAGAGAACCCAAAGAACUUUUUUGGUAAUGUGGGAAAAGGCAUGCCAAAGACGCGUCUUGGUGAAGCGUGGUUAUUCAGAAAGAAUUUCGACGCGGCAACGAAGCUCAAAAUCUCACAAGAUAAUUGGUGUUUUACGGCAUCACGCCUAAACUAUAAUGAAGAAAUGAGUUCUCCUUUUCCGGAAGAUCUUCGCUAUGAGAGCUUGGUUGCUUUAUUGAGGGGUGAUGUUCGAUUGAAUGUUCAUUGUUAUGAGACUAUGGACCUCGAAGCCAUGAUUCGUCAUUCAUACGAGUUUAAUUUCAACAUCACGGCAUUCCAUCAUGCGCUUGAUGCGUAUAGAGUCCCAGAUAUAAUCAAGCGCAGUAGAAAUCAGAUUACCAUAGCCACGUUUGCCGAUCUCUGGGGAUAUAAGAAAGAAGCUUUCCAGGCGAGCACAGAGUCUCCAAAGAUUUUGGCAGAAGCAGGAAUUCCGGUUGCUUUGAAAAGUGAUCACCCAAUACUCAAUUCGCAACAUUUAGCAUUCGAAGCUGCUAAAGCUUCAUAUUAUGGUCUCAGUGAACCUCAUGCUCUUGCUGCCAUCACCUCUGUUCCUGCUAGAGCAUUGGGAAUUGACCAUCGUGUUGGAACGAUUGCCGUUGGAUAUGAUGCUGACGUUUUGGUAUGGAAUAGACAUCCACUCGCCUUGGGAGCUUAUCCGUUGGAAGUUUAUAUUGAUGGGAUUCCUCAGUUUAACACUUCUCCGUCCGUCCUAAGCGGUCCAACAGAUGAGGCGUAUACGUUCUACAAUGCCACGCGGCACUCUCCUGUGGAUAACAAGGAACGUGUUGUAUCUUCGGUAAUAAUCAAGAACAUUGGUAAAAUAUUCGUUGGCGAAGAAUCGAUCAUGGAAUCUACGCCUACUAGUUCGCUCACAAUAACCGUUAAUGAAGGCCGCAUUAUGUGUAUUGGACCAGAUUGUAGUACCACCAACACGAUUGGUUAUGACGUGGUUGAUUUGCAGGGUGGUUAUAUAUUGCCAGGCAUCAUUGCCGCUGGAUCUGUUCUUGGAUUAUCAGAAAUAGAACAAGAACGAAUAACGCAAGACGGGUAUGUCGAUUCAUUUAAGAGUCCUGAUCACCCAGAGAGAAUAAUUCGCGCAGUUGAUGGAUUAAAACUCGGCGGAAAGCAUCUUGAGAAAGCAUACAAAGCGGGUGUGCUUACUAUUAUCAGUCCUCCGAUGGCUCAUAAAGGCGUACUAGUUGGUGUGUCCGCCGCAUUUAAGAGCGCUGGCAAUAGUGUCGUUGAUGACGAGAAUGAAGUUAUUGCCAAGGCAGAAGUCGCACUACAUGCGCAAGUUGGUACCCCAUACAAAGACGAAUUGAUCACAACGGUAUCCGGUCAAAUAGCAUUCUUGCGCAAAGCCCUUUUCGAUAAUCUCGCUUUGAAAGAAUCGCUAAAUUUCUACGCGCUCGCCGCGAAAGGCGACAUACCAUUCGCAGUCUAUACGCAUAGUAAAGACGAAAUCGCAUCUCUAAUCCGUCUGAAGGAUGAAAUAGAUGGGGCAGGUGGCAAACUUCGAUUAGUUAUCGUUGGAGGUGCAGAGUCUUAUUUGCUGGCAUCUCACUUGGCCAAACGGAACAUACCGGUGGUCGUCAUUCCGGCUAGACCU